UUUUUUGUUGCCUAAACUAGACACGGAUAUUUCUAAAAAAGUUUUGAUUUUUAAUACACUAAAAUAUUAUUUUCUCUCAAUUUGUUUAUUUUCAAUUUGUUUAUCCUCCUUCCUUUUUUUAUUUCGAAAACCUUUUUAUUUAUUCCAAAAUAAUUUUUUCCCAAAAUAAUAUUAAAAAAUGGUCCCAGAAUUAAAUAAAAAUAUUACUAAAAAAUAUUCCGUUAAUUUUAAUAAUAUCCCAACUAAAAACAGAAAAAAUACAAUUUAUUUUCUAUUAAUUUUAUUUUUACAAUUCAAUUUAAGUUUGGGACAGAUGGUGCACAAUGGCCUUUUAUUGCUUUCUUUUAGUUCAGAAAUGUUUAGAUAUUCUGAAUCUAGAAUCACCCUUCAAGUUUCCCUCAUUCUCAACUUGUUAUGGUCUAUAACAGUUAUACUUGCUUUUAUUGGAGAAGUUAAGGAAUACUUAAUUAUUUUAAUUCCACAUUUUUGUCUUUCUGUUGAUAAUUUUAUUGCCCUAUUAUUGCCUUCUUUUUUGGAUUUUUAUGCUCAAAAUAACUCAAAUAUUGGCUAUUACAAUUACGUUAAUAUUAUUACUGGCAGGUUUAAUAUUAGAGUGGAGGAGAUUUCAGAAUUUGUAAUUUUUAAAAAUCAGAAUUUGUAA